UCUUUAUCAGUUCUAUUUCAUCGUUACGCUGUACAACAGACCCAAAGCCCAACCAACAAGAGGAAGAUGACUGGCCGUGGCAAAGGAGGCAAGGGACUCGGCAAGGGAGGCGCCAAGCGGCAUCGGAAGGUUCUUCGCGACAACAUCCAGGGCAUCACCAAGCCGGCUAUCCGCCGGUUGGCUCGUCGUGGUGGCGUCAAGCGAAUCUCCGGUCUCAUCUACGAGGAGACGCGCGGCGUGCUGAAGGUGUUCCUCGAGAAUGUGAUCCGGGACGCGGUGACCUACACGGAACACGCCAAGCGGAAGACCGUGACCGCGAUGGACGUCGUGUACGCCCUGAAGCGCCAGGGACGCACGCUCUACGAAGUAAUCGAAGCCAGUUCAACAACCGCGAAGACGAUGGCCCGUACCAAGCAGACCGCUCGCAAGUCCACCGGAGGAAAGGCUCCGCGGAAGCAGCUGGCCACGAAGGCCGCUCGCAAGAGCGCCCCGGCCACCGGUGGAGUCAAGAAGCCCCAUCGCUACCGGCCCGGAACGGUCGCCCUGCGUGAGAUCCGUCGCUACCAGAAGUCGACCGAGUUGCUGAUCCGCAAGUUGCCGUUCCAGCGGUUGGUCCGCGAGAUCGCGCAGGACUUCAAGACCGACCUGCGCUUCCAGAGCUCGGCCGUGAUGGCCCUGCAGGAGGCCAGCGAGGCCUACCUGGUCGGUCUGUUCGAGGACACCAAUCUGUGUGCGAUCCAUGCCAAGCGCGUGACCAUCAUGCCCAAGGACAUCCAGCUGGCGCGUCGUAUCCGUGGUGAGCGUGCCUAGGCGCGUAUUCUGAACGGAAGAUUCGACGGAUCUCCCAAAA